AAUUGACUUAACAAAACAUGGAGUUUGCCAUGGUGGGUGCGGACGGCGGGUGCAACAGCCACCCGCCGUACGGAUAUGCCCAAGCUCGCGCACGGGAGAGGGAACGCGAGAGGGAGCGCCAGCCGGCUGCCCAGUCGAGAGCGGCGGCCGCGGCCGAAGGAGGCGCGGAGGGAGGCGGCAGCGGCGGUGGCGGCAGUGGUGGUGGUAGAGGAGGUGGAGGUGGUGGUAGUAGUGGUACCUCCACCUCCUCCUCCACUUCCACCUCCACCUCCUCCUCCUCCUCGAGCGUUCAUCUCCUUAACAACCGCCAGCAUCAGUCUCGCGCCGCCUCCUCCUCCACGAACGCCAACAUCAGCAGCAGCAGCGGUACCGCCUCGUGCCCCUGCUCCUCCUCCUCCUCCUCCUCUUCCUCGCAGCACCAGCAGCAGGAUCCCUCCUCGCAGCAGCAGCAGCAGCAGCAGCAGAGAGUAGUCAGAGAGCGGAAGAAGCAGCGCGGCGUCGGACGCUGGAGACGCAGCCGCAGCCGGACCUCGCUCGGCGGAGACCUGCGCCACUCGGAGCUCGCGCUGCUCGGUUCCGAGGAGGACAUGAUGAUAGAGGAGGAGGAGGAGGAGGGGGAGGAGGAGGCCGAGGGAGAGGAGGAGGAGGAGGAGGAAGAGGGUGGGAAGGAGGAGGAGGAGGGGGGGGACCGGGAGAGCAAGAGGUCGAGGUCUAGUUUUCUGUGCACCAUGGAGGAUGAGGAGGACACGGUGUCGCUCACCGACCGGCGGCCUCAGUCCGGUUACGAGAACGUGUACAGCAGCGAGUGCGGCUGCUGCUGCGAGAGAGUCGUCAUCAACGUGUCCGGGCUGAAGUUUGAGACUCAGCUCAAGACUCUCGCGCAGUUCCCGGACACGCUCCUGGGAGACCCGGACAAGCGGAUCAGGUACUUCGACCCGCUGAGGAACGAGUACUUCUUCGACCGGAACCGGCCGAGCUUCGACGCCAUCCUGUACUACUACCAGUCCGGUGGCCGGUUGAAAAGACCCGCCAACGUGCCGUUUGACAUCUUCUCCGAGGAGGUGAAGUUUUACGAGCUCGGCGACGAGGCGAUCCUGAAGUUUCGGGAGGAUGAGGGUUUUGUUAAAGAGGAGGAGAAACCUCUACCGGAGGACGAGUUCAAGCGGCAGAUCUGGCUCCUCUUCGAGUACCCGGAGAGCUCCAGCCCGGCCAGAGGCAUCGCGGUGGUCUCCGUGCUCGUUAUAGUCAUCUCCAUCGUCAUCUUCUGCCUGGAGACGCUGCCGGAGUUCAGGGAUGAGAAGGAGUAUCUCCAGCCGCGACUCAACUCCUCCUCCGAACCGGAUCACGGAUUCACUCCCUUCAACGACCCGUUCUUCAUCGUGGAGACGGUCUGCAUCAUCUGGUUCUCCUUUGAAAUCAUCGUGCGCUUCUUCGCGUGUCCCAGCAAGCAGGCUUUCUUUAAGAACAUCAUGAACUCCAUAGACAUUGUCUCCAUCUUGCCUUACUUCAUCACCCUGGGUACGGACCUGGCGCAGCACCAAGGCGACAGCCAGCAGGCCAUGAGCUUCGCCAUCCUGAGGAUCAUCCGCCUGGUGAGGGUGUUCCGCAUCUUCAAGCUGUCCAGGCACUCCAAGGGACUCCAGAUCCUGGGCCACACGCUGCGAGCCAGCAUGAGGGAGCUGGCCCUCCUCAUCUUCUUCCUGGUGAUCGGAGUCAUCCUCUUCUCCAGCGCGGUGUACUUCGCCGAGGCGGACGAGCCCGCCUCUCAGUUCACCAGCAUCCCGGACGCCUUCUGGUGGGCCGUGGUCACCAUGACGACGGUCGGCUAUGGCGACAUGAAGCCCAUCACCGUGGGAGGGAAGAUCGUGGGGUCUUUGUGCGCCAUCGCCGGUGUGUUGACCAUCGCGCUGCCGGUGCCGGUGAUAGUGUCCAACUUCAACUACUUCUACCACCGGGAGACGGAUAAUAACGACGAGCAGGCGCCGGUGGCGGAGAGCAUGCCGCCGGGAUGCCCCUACUUCCCGGACUUUUUACGGAGGUUCAAAGGCUCUCCGUCCGGCUCGUCGCUAGGAGACAAAGCGGAGUACAUGGAGAUGGAGGAGGGCGUGACGGAGUCGCUGUGCGGGCUGGACAAGAGCCCCAGUAAAGGAAACGGCACGGACAUAGGCAGGAGGAACAGUACCAACUCCAAAUCCAUUCAGACUGACGUGUGAUUACAAGUAGAGCUGAGGUUUUUCCCGUUUUUUCUUAAAAAAGAGUAUAAAGAUACUGUUCGCCCAACAGCAGGUGGUCCAACCCAAACAGACACACGUUUUACGCACGACUCAGACACGCACACACGCACAAACGCACACACUCACAGGUCACCAAUUGUCAAAAAUCUCUCCAUCUCACAACAGUCGUUUCUCCCAAGUCCUCUUUAGGAAGAAUUAUGAUCAAUAUUUUGCCUAAUUGGUCAAUUAAUUAAUUCAUUAAUUAAUUCGGGCUUCCAAAUCUGACGUCCAAUUAAAAGUCUAGACAUGACAGGCUAUGCAUUCGCACUUUAUGAGUUUCACCAGUCAAUAACAGAAAGGGUAGGAUGAUGAUCGUGUUUGCUGUUAUGCAAUAAAGUAAAAAAAUAUAUAUCUAUUUGUUUGCACUACUGUAGAAUCUGCGCUGGGUUUGGCUGCUGGCUUUUAUUUCAGAGACAGAAACUGUAGGGCCAUGCAAAUGGCAAUAAUUUGGUCGUCCUCUGACCACUUAGCUGAAGAAUGUUUGAGUAACUUCCUCAGAGGGAGCAAACUAAGGAUAUUAAUAAACCUCUCUCAUACGCUGCCAAUAAAAAAAUUGGACUCCAAUAAAGGAAAAGCCUGAGACAGAUAACUUACUUAUUUGUUAAGUGUUCCAACAAUUAAAACGAAACAAAAAAAAAAAGCUCAUUGAUAAGACAUGGCAUUUAGCAGUCAUCAAAUAAACCAGGGCUACAAUUAUUUCUAUAUGACAGUCUAUACACAAAUAUGCUUUUUUCCACAAAAAGCCUUGUGUCGUUGAGCCACUAUAUGAGAGCUAAGCACAGGAAACAUCAGUUAGAAAUGGCUGGAGAAAUGACUUGCCCUGCCAGGUUUUUGUACGGACAGGCUUUGGAGCCUUGGCGACAACAGUUUCCCCAGUUUCAUUUAUAAAAAACACCUCAAAAAUGACAAUAUCCCUUUACACGGACGCAGAUGGAAAGCUAUAGCAAAAACGACUCUGUUGUGGAAACUCAUCGGAGGGGAGUUUUGCGAGCAACUUCCUCUUCUGUCCGCUGGACUUCGUGCACAAAAUAUAUUUUUUUUUUCUUCUCAAGAGGACUGUGAUUAUCUCCGAGAUCAGAGGACCUCCGGGAUGUGGAUGUCUUCCAAGAGCUGCCAGUUACAGGGAGAGGGAGUAUCCCCCAACAUCUCUGGAAAUUGCAGAGAAACAAGCAAAACACAGUGACUGGUCAUCUCGAGCACGAGCGGAGACCGAAAAGCAACAACGACUGGACGGGACCCGGCACUUUGAACAAGCGGGGAUGAGAGCUGCUGUGUGACAUCAGCGAACAAACCCUCGAGGGUUGAGACUGGAGUUGGCAAAUGAGUAAGUCGUGGCCCCAAAAUGAUUGCCUUAAUUACUACACAUAUACAGAUGUAUGAAGUGACGAAACUAAGAGACUUAUAGUUCAAAGUUCAAAGAUGUUUUCUUUACAUGUGAAAAAAGUGUCUUGUAAGGAACAGAUGUGAAUAUUUUAAUAUGAUAGAGAUAAUGUUUGGUUGUAAUGUCGACAUAAUGUUUUAGUUGGGUCGGCUUCGUAGGUGUCAUUGGUUACUAAAUGGUGAGUUUGCUCUCUGCUUAUGUGCAGUCAGCAGUAAGACUUAAUCUAUUUUUAUCUUGUUUCAUAUUGUCAACCAAACAAGGCUGGCCUGAGUUGCUCACUCAAACGCUGGCGACAAAACUCUUAAUUCACAUUGUGUCAUAACACAUGAAAAUCCUCAUUCAGAAAGUGUAUAGAGGGUUGGGAUUGAAAUAUAUUGACUGGCUCAAUGCGACACACUGAAAUACAUCAGAAGAAUAUCCUCUUACAUUAAGAUCCACUUACACUAAAGCAAAGAUGUCAGGCACAUAAACACCAUCAUAAAUAUCUGCCACACUCACUUUCUAUCACUGAAAAACAGCGGGUGAAACUCGCCGGGCUUUCACCGUUAAGAUGAAAUACCUUAGGUUUUUUUCUCAGAUGCAAAUUUAGAGCUGACCAGCUGCUUUGUUGAUAUGUUUUCACUUUAACUGUAUGCAAAAGUAACAUGGACGUGUGUUAUAUAUUUUUUUAAACCUAGCCUUGAUAAUUACAUAACCAAAGGUGAAACCCUGAAUUUAUUGUAUGUUGUGGACUUCUGGAAAAUGUUGUGAUAUAGAUGCACACUGAAUAGGAAAAAAAUGUAAAUAGCAGACAUUUAUACUUGUGUGUCCUAAGAUGUGUUGCAGAUAGAGUAAUUUGAGAACUUUUUACUUUCUUUGACUGUUAUGACCAUCAACCAUAAUCAUCUGUGUUCGGUUUGUCCUCGCUGAUACAAUCACGUUCCUCAUAUUGUUGCGAAUGCUGCUCCAACAUUCUUCAUUGAUUUUGGCUGUUUUUUCUUCUUCUUUCUUAUUUAUUUUUUUACAUACUGCACAUCAAAAAUCCACCUACUCGUUAAUUUGGCAUACUAAAACAUGAGGUUUUUUGUGCAACAUUUGUGUGUCAGAGAAGCAUUGGAUUUUGUUACCUCUCUUAGAUCUGUGAUGUUGCCCCGUGAGUGACAUGAUAAGAAGUUGCCAGUUAUAUUUUAGUUUUUGGAAGUAGUACUUAUAUCACAUAUUUUAAUGAAGGCAGUAUUCUACUUUCCUAUAUUUCCCUUCAUAAAACAUCCUUUAGAAACUGUGUUAAAGUUACUACAAGGAACUUUCAUUAUGUGUUGAUUUUGGUGGACCCUUUGGACAAAAGUGUUUCUGAGCACCAGAGUCCCUUUAGAAAACAUCUAAUUUUACUGCAGCAGGGUCUGACAGUCUGCCCCGCACAGUCUUGGUACUGGUUCUUCCUCCCUUCCCUCCAGCGGGCCCAGCUUUACGGCCUGGGCCUCCAGCAGUGUAGUGUCGAUGUUGGCUCCCAGCGGGGACUGGCAGAGCAGCGAGGCGAAGCGUGGGUCUGUCGGCUGUGGGCUGGUUGCUGCCAGAGACCCCGCUGGAGUUGGAGCUGGAGGAGUUUCUGGUGAACCUGCAUGCUGUAUCGCUUGCUAAUUAUUGCGGGGAAUCUGACCCGAUAACAGGCAUUAAGAAUAACUAGAAAUAGACAAUCUUCACCACUGAUGGUCUCGUUUUCUUAUGUAGGUCAUAUAGAGGCAUCAGUAUUAAAUUGAGACCGUUUCAUAACCAGUUAAAAGUUCCUUGUAGUAACUUUAACUAUAACGGCACUUGAAUUUAGAGCUCCUGGUCUUAGUGUCUUUUUCCUCUUCUCCUAAAGAAAAUCCAAAGUUCACAUUUUUGCUCCUUUUCCGAAGAUUCGUAGCUGUAAUUACCUCAAUAAUAGUAUCCCUCAGAAAAGCUGUUUACUGAAUGUUCCAGAUGUUUCCUUAGUGUCAGAAAAGAAACUCAACCACGUGACCACAAAAUAGCCACAAUAGUUUUAAAAUAGAUGUCAAUAGUUUACUUGGGAGAUCCUUAUGGGGCGGUUCUUUUUAUUGGGAAGGAGAGGAUAUGAAUUCAGUUUUUUCAUUUCUGCAUACCACAAGUUUUAACAGGAAUACCAGAGCACAACAUUUAGGGGUUGUCAAAUCUGCAAAGUUGUUGUUUCUUUAAAAAGUUACAUAACAUUAAAAGUAAGAAAGAAAAGAAGAGAGAAUUAAUCCAGAGUGAAUGACAGUGGACUAUAAUGUCAAGUUGUAGUUGUCACUUAAAUGUUUGUUUGGAGAACGAAUCUUUAAAAAUCAAGUUAAUAUGAAGAUUGAGUAUUAGUUUUAUUAGUCAGGGAAUAAAAAAGUAAUAAAGGGAAAGCCAAACAAACAUAUUUCACAACAAUUCAUCUGUAUUUUUUUGUAUUUGGAGAUUUGUCAGAUAAAUCGAAUCACCAGAUUAAAUGUAAACAUAGUACUGCUCCGUCAAUUACAUUUUUUAAUCAAAUUAUUAGAGGAUGAAUAUGCAUAUGGCAUUAGAAAACACUUGAUAAUAUCUGGACUUAAGUACUACCAUACUAGUACUACUACUACAAAACAGCAGACAUGACAAACAACACAACGGUUGCAUGAGCUUGAGUAUAAACAACGAGGCUGUAAAGGCGGACGAGUCGACGUGAUGAUGUUUAGUAGUCUCAUUUAGCCACUUGUUAGUAACCGCCUUUUUUAAGACAUAUAAAAGCUUCAAAAUUCACAAGUGGGA